AUGACCUUACCAGCGGCUCGCCCGACUCUAUACAACCGCGAUCCUUAUACUUUCUUCAACGCCUCUUCCGUGUCUCCUCAAAUCCUCAAUGUCAUCCUUUCCAUCUUAACGUCCUGGGACCAGGCGUCCACCGACUACGCCUACGCCGAGCAGUUCCACCCCAAUGGCGUCCUCCAUGUCACACCGGAGCCUUCGGUUGGCAAGGAAGCAAUGCGGCGACUUCACGACUCGAUGAUCAAUCCCUCUGAUGGACCGGUUGUCGAUCUGCAACAUUAUCUCGAUAGGAUCUUUCUCAUGCCUAGUCCGCCAGAGGGCAAGACCGAGGUAGUCUUCACAGGAAAGUUGACAAGUGUGCUCAAGACGGGUGACGAGGUGACGACCGAUUUCGCCACGUGGCUUGUGCUGAGUACUAGUCACGACGCCGCUGGGGAGCUGAAGGUCGAGUUGCUGAGAGUUCUGUCCGAUACUGGAGAGCUGAUGGCGAAGAUUGGCGCCAUGAUGGUGCAAGAUGGGCAAAAGAAUUGA